AUGCUUGGCCAGGAGGGCGGCCUCUCGCUGACCAUUGCCCAGAUCGUGCAGAGGCUGAAGGCCUCGGGGCUCCAUUCCCAGCUGGAGCGGCAGGCCCGGCUCAGUCUACAGAGACCGGAGAUUAAGUUAGAAUCCCUGAAGGAAGACAUCAAGGGAUUUCUGAAGACAUCAGGAUGGGAAAAGAAGCUGCAGAAUGCUGUUUAUAGUGAACUCAGCGUGUUCCCUUCCCCGUGCCACCCGUCAGCACCCCCUGAGCACAUAAAGGAAUCUUUGGCUUACAUGAGGAAAGCCCAGGGAAACUGGGAAAAACGCAUUCUGAAGAGUCUAAAUAGCAUGUGCACAGAACUUGGCAUUCCAUUAGCACAGAAGAGAUCCAUAAAUGAGCAGAAGGAACUUCUAAGUAAAUGGAACGAAAUGGGAACAGAUGAGCCAGACCUAAGCCUAUUCCGACCUGUUUAUGCACCUAAAGAUUUUCUUGAGGUACUGAUGAAUCUCCGCAGUCCAAAUUAUGAAACCAGCGAACCACCUAGUUUCAGAAACCACUUGGGGUUGAUUCAGGUUCCACUGAAAGUGAAGGACAUUCCUGAACUGAAAGAAUAUUUCAGUGAACUAGACUUAAAUACAGGUCAGUUGGAUAUUGAUGACUCUGCACAAGUCCCUCCAGAACUCUUUGAAAAUGAACAUGGACGUAUUGGCCAAAAAGUUUUAACAGAGCAGGAUAGCGCAGCAGCCCAGCAAUACAUCCGACAGGGAUGCCCGAAUUCCCUUCGAGCUGAGUUGUGGCCGAUGCCAACUAUCGAUACUGACGCCCUCGUCAUCGUCGAACGUCAGGGGAACGUCGCCAUGUUUCUGACUACGCACAACCAGUCUUGCCCCGCUCUCGCUCUCGCGAACGUGGCUUUUCCCGAUCUCCAAGGCAUCCUUAUGUCAGGGACUGUUCUCCUAGAGAUUGGGACCGAUAUUCCAUACAUUGAUCCCAAUCACCCCGUCGGCCUCGAGUGCCUCCAUCGGCCACAGUCUCCAGGGCGCCAGAGUCUCCUCGUCCACAUCCACCGGCCCAUGGGGACCAGCACGUCCAGGUUACACCGCUUGAACCUUCGAUACCGAAACCCUCGAUGCGUCAACACUGAUAGCGCUACCGAUGUCAACGGUCCUCCUGCAAGCGACCAAGACCUGCCUGACGACAAGUGCCAGCAGGCCAGGAAACUACAGUACCCACAGGGUGUACUGUUAACGGCUCACACGCGCCUGGUAGUUAGUACAGCCGAGGAAGCCUUCACCUUUCUGCCAUUAGUCCAUGAGAGAUGUGUGGCCGUUCUCACGGACAACAUUACAGCGCUCAGUUAC